GACACACAGACAAUCUCGCUCCCUACUGAGCUCUACCAAACGGAUAUUUAACUUCCACCCACUCGAGAAAACCACCCUUACCAUCUCCAACCUCUUGCUACAGUAUGUGCAAAGGACUGGCAUCGCUGCCUACCGGCUGUUUGGAAAGGGCCAAGGAGCUGAAAGCAAGGCUGGGAAGCAUUUUGCAAAAAUCCACUUGGAAUCUAUCCUGCUGCAAAAUAGGGCAAAAUAAGCCAACCCUGGAGGAAUGCCUUCGGUGGAAGAAGUCCUUUGAAAAACUCCUGUCCAGCAAAUAUGGACUGUGUGCCUUCACCGCCUUCCUGGUGUCCGAGUUCAGCGAGGAGAACAUUUUGUUUUACUUUGCCUGUGAAGAAUACAGGAGAACCAAGUCUACGACCAAAUUACAAGCCAAAGCCCAGAAAAUCUAUGAUGAAUUCAUCGGCAGCGACGCUCCACGCGAGAUUAACAUCGACCAUGAAACUCGUGACAUCACCAGAGACAACAUGCUGAUGCCUUCAUCUUCUUGCUUCGACCCGGCACAGCACAAGAUCUACAUGCUCAUGGCCAAAGACUGCUACCCCCGCUUCCUCCGCUCUCCGACCUACAGGGAUCUAGUGUGCCAAGCCAAACCCAGCACCAAGGUUGCCAAGCAGCCCCGGCAGGAACAGGAGGUGUGAACUCUGUCCACGAAGGAUUGUUAGCGGUUCGCCUCAAGGUUUGAGAAGGCAAGAGAUGCAUGGCGUUAGCUGCUGCAGCGCGAAGCUGGAAUUCUGCGGGUGCAGACGCACCGAUCGCCACGAGAGCAGCCGUGGAUGGGCGUGUUCGGUAGACGCCCAAGAUUGAAGGGAAAAGGACAAUGGAGGUAAAAGAUGGAAGGUCGAUGCCUUAAAGGGACUGUCGAGUGAGCACAGACGGAAGUUUGGACAUCAAGGUCAAGUGAAAGUAUCACAGGCUGAGUGACAAUCCAACAGGAGGGAUGGAGAAAAGCACUUUUUUCUUUGCCUAUUGGCAAACGUUUGUGGUUGUGAUGUGCAGUGUCUAAGUCUUACACUGUUUGUGAACAGGCAUGUAAGGUUCUUACUUAUUUAUUUUUUGUAUUUAUUUGCCUGUAAUAUAUUUGUUCUAUUUUUACCAAACGUGAAAAAAAUUUGCAAUUUAAUUUAUAUUAUACUAUUUAUAUCAUUGUUGUCUUUUUUUACGUGCCAGCAAAUAAAAUAAAAUAAUUUGAAGGG